AUGAUCAUAAUUUCAAAUUCUCAUCAUGCACAUCUUCUUCUUAUGAAUGUUCUCAUGGUUCUUCCGGUUUUUACUAUGAGUUGCAGUAGUACUAGUUCAGUGACACCCUUGGAGAAUAACGAUAUCGACCAACCUCGCGCAAUAUUUGUUUUUGGAGAUUCCUUGGUUGAUCCUGGUAACAAUAACAACAUUAGUGGAGAAGAGUUGGGAGUCAAAGAUUAUAUUCCUCCUUACAUGGAUCCAACAACCGUUGGAGAUGUCGUUCUUCGUGGAGUCAAUUAUGCUUCUGGUGGGGCUGGAAUUCUUAACGACACUGGCGCUGGAAUUCUUAACGACACUGGACCAACCAAGCAAGGAUCGGAUACCGCUGAUGGCCGGGACGGAACAGCGGCUCGAAGCCUGGGCGGCUGUCCCGAACUGGACAUCACCGGUCGGGCGGGAUGUACGGGGUGGGGGUGUUAUCGGGGAAGCGGAGGUAAUCGGUUUAACAUGGAUGCACAGCUCCAUAACUUUGCGAAUCCUAGGAACUAUAUAAUCUCGAAUAUCAGUGGUGUCGGUUCCAAGAAACUUAUUGAAAAUGCUCUAUUCAUUAGAGUAAUGGGUUCCAAUGAUUUCAUUGACAACUACUUCACUCCGAUUGUUUCAAUACCUAAGCAAAAGUUUGUUUCCCCGGAAAUGUUUGUUGAUUCAAUGAUCUCAAAAUUCAGACUUCAACUAACAGUAAGAUGA